CUGUUCAACGCUCUGCUGUGUUUGGAUGCUCAUGCCUCGACUGGCAGAAAUCUCGCCCGAAAGCAAAUCUCUGACGACCUGAAGUUCCUACGUUCUACUGAAAAAACAUAAAAACGCAACUGGUGCCAAGCUGAUGCCAAUAAUGACGCUCCUGUCGGACCGACAGUCGACGGGCGCGCAAUCGUGCAGGUAAUCGAAGUUGGGUGGACAAAGCUCUAUGUUCUCCGGAUUAUGAGCCCGACGUGGAUCGAGCGUUGUGUAAGGUGCAGGUCCACGUAUCAUUCCUCAAUUUACUUCAAACCUGUAAGGCGAAGCGCUCUUUUGCAAUGUUCGCUACGGCAAGACAACAGUCACCAGCACCAUCGGCUCUACCCGAAUCGGUCGCUUGGCUCGAGCACCUGACGCUCGAAAUGACUUCGACCAUCAACACCCGGCACGGGCUGGGCAAGCGUAAUGUGCAGUAUGAGCUCCACAUGAUCUACCAAACAUCCAAGAAUGAGACCACGUCAUGGACACUUUCCCGGAGUUUCGACGAGUACCGCGAUCUGCGAAGAAGGCUAGUGAAGGCUCUACGACUUGGCCAUCGGUGCAAUGCGGAGUGCAAGUGGCUGGGUAACGUGAUCAAACAUCACUUUCCUAGGGCCUCGCUGUUCUGCAGGAGCUGCCCUACUGGAGUGGAGGGCACUCGAGUGGCAUUGCUACGUAUGCUUAACACGGUGAAGGCGUCUUUGGUGAACCACGGCAACCUUGGAUGCUCCAGGAUGAGAGACGACGUGAGCAAGGUCUUCACGCUGUUCGUGUCUUGUAACAGCACGAGUAAGCAUUCGUCCAUUGUACACUCGUCUACAGCGUCCACGACGUCGUCACUGUCGUUGUCCCCCAGCAAUUUCGAACGCUCGUCAACGUCAGCGUCCCUGACGUCAGACGAAGAGAUCCAAGAGGUAGCUCUCGAGUUCGACGACUUCCCUUGCGGAAACUUUUCACGGUGUGAGUGCGGCGCAUGCCGAUCAAGCUUGCAUUAGAUGGAGACAAUUACCUAGACUGCCAAAUGUACAUUAAACGAAGUCAAAUAUCAGCACGUUAAUGACAUUUUAUACUUUACAC